CUUUCUUGCACAAGCGCAGCUGGUUCACGCUUAUAGCAAAAAAAAAAAAUCUUGGAGCUUUGUAGGCUUUAAAUGUCAUAUCAUUGUCCAAGUCAACCAGUCAGUCUCCAGUCAAAGCUCAGGUGGAACCGUGGAAGAGUUGCCUCUAAUUAUUUGUAAUCAGUGUGUGGUAGUAGUAUGAUUAGCUGCUAGUGCUACAGACAUAAUAGUCACAUCCCAGCAUUGACUGUAACCAUCUUCCAUGCUUGACUGGCAAAUUGGAAAAUUCGUUCAAUGGAAACUUCAAAGCUGGCAACCCCUGGUGCUCAUGAUUUGUGGAGAUAUCUGCUGGAAAAAAAAAUCCAUACCAUCUUGCAGCGAUUACACCAAGUAUCUGCCGAACAUGCUCCUCCCAUGAUUCACAAUUUCGACAAACUCAGAGAGUUUGCCCAGUUUAUGCUUGGAGAAAGCCAUGGUUGUAAAAAUUAGCUUCUUGAGGAAGUGCGCAGUUGUUGUUCUGUUGAUUCCAUCUGUGUUAGCACUAAGAUGUUUAUCAGCAACCAUGGCAAGAACCGACAGCAUCGCUCUAAAUGGAUCAAUUUCUGAUGGGCAGAACCUGGUUUCUGGUAAUAACAAAUUUGUUCUCGGAUUCUUUAGCCCUGGAACUUCAAGCCAGCGAUAUAUUGGUAUAUGGUACAACACUGUUCCCAAUGGAACGGUUGUAUGGGUUGGUAACAGGAAUAAUCCCGUACAGGAUAAGUCAGGCAUAAUUAAGUUUGAUAAUGGUAGUAAUUUGAUACUUGUAGAUGGCAAAGGGAGCUCGUUCACAGUUGCUUCUGGGGUGGGCGUGGAAGACAUGGAGGCUGCAAUUCUGGAUUCUGGCAACUUUGUGCUGAGGAGCAUGACGAACCCUUCAAAUAUCGUAUGGGAGAGCUUUGCCUUUCCUACUGAUACAUGGCUCCCUGAAAUGAAUAUUACAGUUGGAAAUUUUCUGACAUCAUGGAAGAGCUAUGAUGACCCAGCAAUGGGGGAGUACACUUUUGGACUAGACAUAGCUAAUGCAUCGCAAUUAUAUAUUUGGUGGAAUGGGCAUAAAUUUUGGACCAGUGCAAACUGGACUGGUGACACAAAUUCUCUCAUUCCAGAUCUGACAUCUAUUAGCAUCAUCCCUGUUUCAUUUCAGUGUGACAACUUUACAUGCAAGUACACUCCCAACCCUAAGGACAGAAUGACUAAGAUUGUUUUGGAUCGAACUGGGGCAUUGGACAUAAAGCAGUUUGAUCCAGACGCCAAAUCCUGGACAUUGUUAUCGAGACAGCCAGUAAGUUGUGAUGUGUCUAAUUUAUGUGGAGCUUAUGGUGUAUGCAAUAUCAGUAUGCUAUCAGUAUCAGCACAAGAAUCGGUACCACCAUCUCUUUGUCAUUGCCCACAAGGCUUUGUACCACAAGAGCAAUCAAAUGCCAGGAAAGGGUGCAUUAGGCAAACCCCACUGCAGUGUAAUGGCGAUGGGUUUAUUGAUAUACCUCGCAUGCAACUUCCUGACUGCAGACAGAAGCUGUCGGUUGGGGAAAAUGGUGAUUGUCAAUCUGCGUGCAUGAAUGAUUGCUAUUGUACGGCAUAUAUUAAUUCGCCAUCGGAUGGUUGCAGAUUAUGUCAUGGAAAUCUAACAAACUUGCAGUCUGGAAAUGAUGAGAAUGGAGUAGUAACUCUUCAUCUUCGUUUAGCUGCCUCUGAAUUAAAAUCUAGCAGUCGCUCUGGUCACAGAAUGAUUUUGUUAGCAUAUAUACUUCCUUCAGUUGCGCUCCUAAUAUUUUGCCUUGCUUCGUUCAUUUGGAUUAGGAGAUGGAAAAAUAAAGGGAAAGGAAAACAGCAUGAUCACUCCCUCGUCAUGGCUUCAGAUGUAGUGAAACUUUGGGAGACUGAAGACAGAGACUCUCACUUUACGACGCUUUCCUUUUCACAAAUAAAAAUUGCUACAGACAACUUCUCUACUGAAAACAAGCUUGGAGAAGGGGGGUUUGGCCCUGUAUACAAGGGAAACUUACCAAAUGGUCAGGAUGUUGCUGUUAAGAGACUAGCAGCGAAUUCAGGGCAAGGACUACCUGAGUUUAAGAAUGAAAUCUUAUUGAUAGCCAAGCUUCAACAUAGAAAUUUAGUUGGACUCUUAGGUUGCUGCAUUGACGAGGAAGAAAUGGUACUAAUCUAUGAGUACAUGCCAAACAAAAGCUUAGAUUUCUUCCUAUUUGAACAAUCGGGAAGGGCUUUUUUAGUCUGGUCAAUGCGUCUCAACAUAAUUGAAGGGAUUGCACAAGGUCUUAUUUAUCUGCACAAGCAUUCUCGUCUGAGAAUUAUUCAUAGGGACCUGAAGCCCAGCAACGUUCUAUUGGACGCUGAUAUGAACCCUAAGAUCUCAGACUUUGGAAUGGCGCGAAUAUUUGAUCCCAAAGGAGCACUAGCCAACACGAAAAGAGUUGUUGGAACAUAUGGCUACAUGGCUCCUGAGUAUGCCAUGGCAGGUAUUUUCUCUAUCAAGUCGGAUGUUUUUAGCUACGGGGUAUUGCUUUUGGAGAUCGUCAGUGGACUAAGAAAUGCAGGAUCUCACGGAUAUGGCAACUCUCUUAACCUCCUUGGUCAUGCAUGGGAGCUGUGGAAAGAAGGCAGAUGGUAUGAGCUCAUUGACAAAUCAUUGCGCGGUGCAUGCCCUGAGAAUAUGGUACUACGAUGCAUUCAUGUCGGCCUAUUGUGCGUUCAGGAGGCUGCUGCUGAUCGACCCUCCAUGGCUGAAGUCAUCUCUAUGAUUACGAACGAAAAUGCCACCUUACCUGAUCCAAAACAACCUGGUUUUCUCUCCAUGUUGCUUCCCACUGAAGCUGAUGUCCCUGAAGGAACCUACUCCCUGAAUGAUUUGUCAAUUACUGUCCUGGAUGGUAGAUAGUAUUAUCUGCAUUAGAUGUGGCCUCUUCUGAAUACAUGUUCAGACAAGAUAAUCCUAUGAGUAUCAUGUUAUCCUGCAAGAUAGUACUAUAUCACAUAAACCCAAAUUCAAGGGCACUUUUGAAGAACUUAUGAAAAGUUCUUGAUAUCAAGAUAUUGAUUACCAAGAUCUUUAGACUGAAUGUUAACGGGAA